GACUCCGUUGUGGCGGCAAGAAAAAAAUGCUUGGCGUUAAAGCAAACUACCUGCUACCGGCAGACUGCGCUCAGCGGCUGGUAGCUGAGCUGCAGGGCGCCCUGGACUCCUGCGCCGAUCAACAGCGGCAGUUGGAGCGAAGCCUGCGCGUUUCCAGGAGGCUGCUGCAGGUCUGGGAACCAACCAGGACCCCGUCUCCAGUUCCAGAAACCAAGGAAGAGGACUCGAGUCCAGCGUGUACACCGAGUUCUCAAGACCUUGAGGAGCUGGAACUUUUGACCCAGGCACUGGAGAAGGCUGUUCGUGUGAGGAAAGGCGUGUCCAAUGCUGGACAAAGAGACAGGACCCCCAGUCUGACAUCUAAGGCAGCCACUUCUGGUACCACGGCUUCUGCCCAUCCUCAGGCUCCCAGCAGGACUGGGAGUCGUGCAUUAGGUGCAAGACCCACCAAGGGCAUACGACGGGCCACAGCCUCUGCCAAGGAUUACCCUGAGUGCAGACUUCAGACAAGGGGAGAUAGGACCCAAGUAAGAACACAAGACCAAACUGCUGGGUAUGGACCAGGCCUCAGGGAUCAGGCCCCAUCAUCUGUUGGCCAUGCCACAGAACUCUUCACGUUAAAAGAGAAGGGGACUCUCUUGCAGCUACCUGUGGCCUUCAGGAAGGCAUCUUCUCGGAAUUCCCGCCUGUGGGCCCAGCUCAGCUCUACAGAAACCAAUGACUCCACAGAUGCCACUAGAGCCACCAAAACUCAGUUCCUCCAUAAACUCCAGAUGGCUUCAGGCUGUUCCAGCCACAGGCCCUGUGCUACAGAAGUGGAGGCGCAUGCCCAGAGCCUGAGAAAGGCCUGUACACUGCUGAGACGUCAUAUGCAGAAGGAACUUGCAGCAGCCCCCACUGACUGGAUGCAGGAGUACCGAUGCCUGCUCACCCUGGAAGGACUGCAGACCAUUGUUGGGCAGUGUCUCCACAGGAUACAGGCGCUGCAAGCAGCUGUGACAGAACAGCCUCCAGGAGUGUGCCCUGCAGAGGAGCCCACUCAGGUCUCGUCAGUUUGUGAAGGAGAGGUGGACUCUUCCUGGAGCCCUGAGCUCCUUCUCUACUCUAACACCAAGGAGCUGCAGACCUUGGCAACUUUGAAGCUUCGAGUGGCCAUGCUAGACCAGCAGAUCCAUCUAGAAAAGGUUCUGAUGGCUGAACUCCUCCCUCUGAUAAACACCCAGGAGCCAGGAAGACCGCCUUGGCUGGCACUGUGUCGGGUUAUAUACAGUCUGCUCUGUGAGGGAGGCGAACAGUUCCUCACAGUCCUUCGAGAUGACCCUGCUGACUAAGCAGUCUGGGCAGACGAGCCUCUCUGGGAGAGCCCCCUCCUCUCAGCUGCAAUGUAGUGAACAGGGAUUGAGGGAGAUUUUCCUGUUUGGGGGAGCUGAGAGCACGGAGCUAGCACCUCACUGGGAAAGCUGGGUGAUCCCCCCUCCCUCCCAGCUCCUCUUAGCCACCAGACGUCUUGGUCAGGGCUCAGCUUUCUGUGUUCCUGGGGCAGUCCUUGGCUGCCUCUCCUUUCUCUCACUGUAGACCUAUAAGUAUUUAAAUUAUAUCAUACCUUUUGGAUU